AUGCCUAAGAAGAUCAAGCUUGAGUUGAUCCCUGAAAUGGCAGCAAGGAAAGCCACCUUCAACAGAAGAAAGAAGGGAAUAAUGAAGAAGCUUCAUGAACUUCACACACUUUGUGAUGUUCCAAUUUGUGCUGUGAUUUAUGGUCCUUGUAAAGAAGAAGAGCCUAUUGUCUGGCCUUCUCCACUAGAAGUGGAAAAUAUGAUUAAUUUGUACAAGAACCUCCCUGAGAUACAACAAUGUAGGAAGAAGGUGACCCAUGAAGAGUAUCUGAAGCAAAGGAUUGCAAGAGUAGAAGAGAAAUUGAAGAGGGUUCGAAAGAAGAAUAGAAAGCUUAAGAUUACAAAGCUUUUUAAUGAAUGUUUGAAAAACAAGGAUUUUCAUGAUCAGAACAUACUUGAUGUAACAGAUUUAAAGGAUCUGUCAAAGUUGGCUGAUGAAAAAAUGAAGCUCAUUGAUGAGAGGAUAGAAACCCUUAUGGGUAAUCCUCCACCACCACCACAGAUUGGGACCUCGAGGAGUGCCGCCGCCGGAGAGCCGAACGGAGAGGAGAUUUAA